AUGGCCAAAGGCGCUCAACUCUACACCGAAGAAACAAUCCAAUUCAUGACGAGGAUACUAAACCGGUCCGGUUUAGGAGAUGACACGUACGCCCCACGUUGCAUGUUAACCUCUCCACCAACACCUUCAAUGUUCGAGGCGAGGCACGAAGCCGAAUUAGUCAUCUUCGGAGCUCUUAACUCACUAUUCAAGAAAACCGGAGUCGAGCCGAGAGACGUUGGAAUCUUCAUUGUAAACUGUAGCUUGUUUAACCCUAACCCAUCUCUCUCGUCAAUGAUCGUAAACCGGUACAAGCUCAAAACCGACGUCAAAACAUACAAUCUCUCCGGUAUGGGAUGCAGCGCCGGCGCAAUUUCUGUCGAUCUCGCCACGAAUCUUCUUAAAGCGAACCCUAAUACCUAUGCAGUCAUUGUUAGCACGGAGAACAUGACUCUUAGCAUGUAUCGAGGCAACGACCGGUCCAUGUUAGUCCCUAACUGUCUAUUUCGGGUAGGAGGUGCUGCGGUUUUGCUAUCAAAUAGAAGCCAAGACCGAGUUCGGUCUAAGUACGAGUUGACUCAUCUCGUAAGGACUCACAAAGGCGCUAGCGAUAAACAUUACACCUGUGCCGACCAAAAAGAAGACGAUAAAGGUAUCGUCGGAGUCUCACUAUCUAAAGAACUAACCGUUGUUGCUGGUGACACGUUGAAGACGAAUCUAACUGCACUUGGUCCACUUGUUCUGCCCUUAUCUGAAAAGCUCCGGUUUAUCCUCUCUAUUGUAAAGAGUAAGCUUUUGCGGUUAAAGAUUAGUCCAUAUGUUCCGGAUUUUAAACUAUGCUUCGAGCAUUUCUGUAUCCACGCUGGUGGUAGAGCGUUACUUGACGCGGUUGAAAAAGGACUUGGACUCAUGAAACCGGCGCCGAUGCCGGUUCAAUUUCUCAGGGGACUAACAGGAACAGUUUCCGUCGGCUAUUCACAGCCUCCGCCGGGUAAUUACGACGGAAUCCACUUUCGACUCUGUAACAUCCCGACGAAAUCGCAAAGAACUGAAUCCGUCGGCGGAUUAGGCCAACAAAUCCUCCUCCACUCCGCCGAACCGAACCAGAAUAAACCAAACCCGAAGAAAAAGGAAAUUAGUGGAUCAGACGUGCUUUGGGCGAUUCAGAGAGCGACGGCUCAGAGGAAUAGAUCGAGCGCCGAUAGAAAGAAGAAGAAGAAGGAGGAGGAGGUAACAGGUGUGGAGCUGUCAUCUUCUGCGGGCGAGUCCACUAAAGAUAACGGUGUAGAUUACAGUAACGUGAGGCCGUUAAGGAUCAAGAGCGAUUGGGGACGGAGACUAGACGAAUUCGAGAAACUUCUCAAAGAGUUUCGAGACACAGAACUUUGA